AUGGUUUGUUGCCUCCCAAGUACCACGAUUAGUGACAUCUCCGAUCAAGUCCACAGCAUUCUUAAGCCGGAGGCUGAGCAACCAGAAGCUGUGGUCCAUGUAGGGUGUGAUGGCAUGUGGGACAACAUGACAUGCUGGCCCUCCUCCUCGUUGGGAAAAACUGUUGCUGUACCUUGUCCCAAGGUGAUUUAUCUUUUGACUCAUAAAGAAGGCUUUCUUUACCGAAACUGUACAAGUGAAGGUUGGUCAGAUACAUUCCCUGGAUACAAAGCCGCUUGUGGAUAUGAUGCGAAUGAUACCACAAAUGACAUCAAGACUGCAAACUAUGUGAAUAUGAAGAUCAUGUAUACAGUAGGAUACAGUACAUCCUUAGUAUCCUUGUCCAUUGCAGUAGCAAUUAUUGGAUUAUUGAGGAAACUUCAUUGCACCAGGAAUUACAUUCACAUGCAUCUCUUUGUGUCCCACAUGCUCCGUGCAGUUUCUGUCUUCAUAAAAGAUAGCAUCCUGUUUUCCAAUAAGGAAGUUGAUCAUUGCAAUGCUUACUCGGUUGAAUGCAAGUUUGCGAUCAUUUUCUUUCAAUGCUGUACUAUGGCUAACUUUAGCUGGUUGCUCGUGGAAGCGCUAUUUCUGCACACCCUCUUGGUGGUAUCUGCAUAUCCGCAGAAGUAUUUCAGGUUGUUCAUUAUUCUAGGAUGGGGUGCCCCCCCACUUUUCAUUCUACCUUGGGCAAUUAUGAGAAGGUUUUAUGAAAACAUUGGCUGCUGGGAUAUUAAUUCAAAUGAAUUCAUAUGGUGGAUUAUUAAGGGACCUAUAAUUUUAUCUAUUUUUAUCAGCUUUAUGCUCUUUGUUCACAUCAUUAGUAUAUUAAUAAAAAAGCUAAAAGCACCUGAUGUUGUGAGGAAUGAAUUUAACCAAUACAAGAGACUUGCAAAGUCAACUUUCUUGUUAAUCCCCUUGUUUGGAAUCCACUAUAUAAUUUUUGCAUUUUUCCCGGAUAAGGAAAGCAACUUUGCAACAGAUACACAAAUAGGCUUCGAUCUCUUUUUUGGAUCAUUUCAGGGCUCCACUGUUGCAGUCCUUUACUGUUUCCUUAAUGGUGAAGUUCAAACUGAAAUCAAAAGAAAAUGGAGACGGUGGAAGCAGAAGAAAUAUUUUGCCACUGAUUCACAAAACCGACACAGUUCCAUAAUGAACAGUGGAAUGACUGGUGGAGCACAGGUAUCUCUGUUGACAAGUUCCAUUUCCAAGGAACAAGAACUUGUUUUCCGGGAAUCAAAUGUUCUUUAA